UGCGCAUGCAUAGGCUACACAUAGGCUACAUAUGUAACAUAUAAAGAGUGAUUGGGGGAUUAACAAACAAGAAUGAAUUAUGGAAAGAACAAAAUGAAAUCCCAUAUUAUUUUGAAGCUGUAUUUCAAACAGGCGACCGUUCACACACAGUGUGCGCAUGUACUGCGCAGUGCUGACGCACAUGAACACGUUUGGUUUGCUGUUUAUUGUCAUGUUAAACAUUUUCGGUUGCUAGACGACAAUAAUGCAGUGCACAUUACAUCCGUAGACUCCGUACAGCGAAGAGAGACGCGAAACGACGCUGUGCAACAUGAUUGCGUUAAAUCUGUAGCUUGCGUUAAAUCUGUUGCUUUUCUUAACGGCGACAUCAGGAAACAGCUGCAUCUUGGUAACUUCUUAGCAGCCCCUAAACACUUCACUGUUCGUUUAUGCUGUUUUAUAUUAGGAUUUACACAUCUUUGAAAUUAGAAAAAUAUGAUUUUCUGAUGCAUCAUAAAACUCGGACAUUACAGGUCGUUCCUCCAUAGAUCAUACUGUAUGAGAAAGGGUUAUGGUCCUCCUGUUGUUUGUAAAAGGUGAUGAUUAAAUAACAGGCCAUCACAGGCUAUAAUGUCUGUAGCUGGAGAACUUGUCACAGAAGAGGAGGUGGAGGAUCUGGCAGAGGACAGUCUCUCUAGCAGCUAUGUGUCUGACACUGAAAAGAAGUCAAGAAAAAAGAAAGUUUCAGGCAGACCGCCUCCUUCUCCUAAGUCACCAUACCUGAACAGUGCAAACUUGAAUUUGAAGAAAACUCCAGUAACAUCAUGGAGGACGGUGAAAGGGACUCUGCUCCAAAACUGUAAAACCCAUCCGGCUGGGACACCCAGGGACGUCUGGCUCCACUUACAGAAUGAUGGACCAGGGAAGUCUCCAAAAGGAGCAGAUUACAGUGUCACACAAACCAGCAUUUCCAUGUCCAGCACACCUGAAUACUUGAAGGAGGCUUUUGAAAUGAAAAAGCCCAAAUAUUCCCGGUCUCCAUCUAACGGUUAUGUUCCAGGGACCCCAGUCUAUAAAGAAAAGGAAGAAAUGUAUGAGGAAAUAAUUGAUCUGAAAAAGACCAUCCAGUCCCUAAAGUCUGAAUCCGACAAGAUGAAAGCCAAGCUCCGCCGUCUUGAAGAAGACAACACGAAGAAAGACAGACAAAUCGAACAGCUGCUGGAUCCAGCGAAGGACCCAGAUUAUGCAAGGGGUUUUGUGGACAGAAAGGCCGAUCCUAGAUCGAUCAUUAAUGGACUGAAACAUAGGAUUUUACGAUUGGAGCAGCAGUGCAAAGAAAAAGAGAAUGCCUUGAGUCAGCUUCAGAGUGACCUCAAAACUACCAACAUGCAGGAAAUGAAGAUCACUGUAGAAACCUACUUUGAGGAGGUUCAAAGAUUGCGAACACUGUUGGAAUCAGCUGAGAGAAGUAAUAAGAUGGAGAGCAAAGACAUCAGGCGGCAGAACAAGACCCUUAGUGCGACAGUUCUGAAACUCACAAAGACUGUACAACAACUGGAGGAUGAGAACCAAGAGCUCAAAAAAGAAUUGACACAGGAAGAGAUGAGCAUGAUGGACAGCCCUGUUUGCCGUGCCAAGGGUUAUAUGGAUUGGAGUAAACAGAGACUUGUGCGACGAAUCCUGGAACUUGAAAAGAGAGUCGAGCAGAUGAAGAAUCUUCAUAUUACUAAAGCAUCAGACUCACAGAAGAGCUCAGUGGAGAAAGGCACUGAGUCAGAAUCGGCCAAUCAGAGUGAUUCUGUCAACACAGAGAUGGAGCCGUCUGUGAGUCCAGAGAAUGAUGUGCAUUUUAGGGCAGCAUUUAAGAAACUGGCAGAAGAGAAAAAGAAACUACAGGAAAAACUAACCCAGAAAGAUGAAGAGAUAAAGCAGUUGUCUGCUGAGAAGGAUGACGGUCUGAAAGAGGUAGAAAACGCACUGAAGGAGCGAAUUAGAGAGCAUGAGAGACUGAUGCAAACACACAGGCAGGAGAUGGGUGCACUGACUGUAGAAAUCAACUGUUUAAAAGAGAAAUUAGAGGAGGAGAGAAAACUCAGAUUAGUACAGGAUCCAAAUCAGGUUCGGAACGGCUCUUUAUCAUUAACACUCACAGAACCAUUGUCGUCAUCAGCGGUUGCGUCAAUGGAAAAGAACAAAGCAGCUAAGAUCAUCCAGACACACUGGCUCUCACACCGAACACGGGAUCUAGUUCUUUUGCAAUCCUGUCUCAGAGGGCAUGUAAUCAGGCAGAGGCAGAUAGAUGGACCUCGGCAAGCAAACCUUGUUGCCAUGAGCCAAUCAGGUUUUAACACUCAGGCUGUACAGGAAGAGGAAGUGACUCUGCUGCAGGCUGUCUUUAGGGCUCAUCUCAAACGCAGCACUCUGAGGAUGGACAGGGCGUCUACAGUGACACCGUCUGAAUCUUUCGUUCAUCAGAAAAAGCCGCAUCUCUCCACCCCUCCACUACUGACCACAGGGUCCCCACAGGCCAUGUUUACGAACAAAACGCAAACCUCAGGUGUAACUAAAGAGAAACUAAAUCCUGCUGCUUAUAAUGAUGAGCUACAUGACAAGAGAUCAAUACCAGAAGACCUGAAGAUCCACCAACAGCAACCAGCCGCUGCGUUUCCAAAGACCACUGAUUCGGACGACUCUGAUGACAUCAUCGUGUCCCCUUCAAGGCCACUGAGAAAAAGAGAAAAAUGCUUAAGUCCGUUCAAUGCUAAUGACUUGAUUUAGCUCUUUGUUGUUAUUAUUUUUUUUUUUUACAGUUUGGACCUUAAAUGGUUUCAUUAAUAAAACUUUUUCUCUCUGAACUUGGAACACACAUUGUUACAUGAACAAUUGAAAAAAGGGAAUUAAAACAAACUGUCGUUUAUAUGGGCAAUAAUAACUGUACAUAGAAGAACACACCAUGGAUGAUAGAUCAUUAUGGCAUUGUGAUUUUACACUUUAUUGUUUCGCUACGGUCACGUUCUUUAGAUUUCUAGGAACUGAACCUUCAAAUAAGAUUUCAGAAGUCGUGUCUUCCAACUCCAAAAGUGCCUUGUGUUGGAAGAUCAUCUUUAAACGAGGAUCAGGGAUUUCAUAUUCUUCAUAUACUUUUAAUUUCGGAUAAGUAUACACAUGACACUAAGCAACAUACCUUAUUAAGUAUAAUUAAGCCAUACACCUCUGAUUUAUAAAGUACUGUGAAUCUCCACAGACACAUUGCUGUAUAAGAGAACUUCAAGUUCAGAUUGGGGAAAAAUGACAGUAAAUGCUGGUAAAUGUUGUUAGUGUGUUUCAUGUUAUUACAGACUAAUCUGUGAACCAAUAAUGGCACUGAAAAAAAUCGAUGCUGUUUUCUCUUUUCAGUGUCUCUUUAAGACUGACUUUGCUCUAAGAGCUCGUUAUUUUUUGUGCCAUCGUGUUUAAAUUUGUGUUCGAUUUGUCUUUAUUAAAGAUCUGUUUUCUUGAA